CCCCACUUCUGUGGCAGCUCAUCGACUGCGAAAACAAGAAAUCUAAUAAAAUCCCCGCCCGAUUUCAACCCGAAGGUGUCAUAACACACUUGUUUAUCGAGCAGCUGCCUGCCCCCCGAUAUCGAAGAGUCACCGUGCCGAUACGUUCGAUAAUUUCCCCCGCAAAAUUCCCAGAGACCGUUAUAUAUCUUAGGGGGACCAAAGCGAAACAAGCCCCAAUUGUACCUCGUAGGUGGAGGUCCACGGUUGUGGACGAACUUUAGGACAAAAAGCCCGGGACGGUCCGGUAGUGAUCCUAAAGUCGGUGAUCCUUAAAGUGCAAAUCCUGUUCCGAAAACAUAUAAUUCAAAACCUGUGAUAAUCGUGUACCAGUUGUAAAAAAAAAUCCUGCCAAAAUGAGUUUCAACUCCAAAUACCACAUUGAUGUGGACUUUGAGGUGCCCAAGAAGCUGCAAUGGUACUAUGCACCCGCCUUCUUCGGCUUCUGGCUGGUGCUCUACCUCUCGCUGGUCAACACCCAGAUGAAUCACAUGCCACAGCCACUGCAGCGUAGCGAUGAGGCCAGUCAUCCAGGAUCCUUUAUUGCCCAACGGGCCGAGGAUACGCUCAUUGAGCUGACCCGGAUUGGUCCACGCGUGGUGGGCAGCUUGGCCAAUGAGGAAACCACCGUGGAGUUCCUGCGCGCCGAGGUGGCCAAGGUGGAGGCAGAGAUGAGUGAACGCCUGGAGAUCGAGGUGGAUGUCCAGCAGGCCAGCGGCGCCUACAUGCACUGGGAGAUGGUCAAUAUGUACCAGGGCAUACAGAAUGUGGUGGUGAAGCUGUCCGAGCGGAAUACCACCAACGAGAAUUACCUGCUGAUCAACAGUCACUACGAUUCGGUGCCCGGAAGUCCAGGAGCCGGCGAUGAUGGUUCCAUGGUGGUAACCAUGCUCGAGGUGAUGCGAGUGAUAGCCAAGUCUGAUGAACCAUUAGCCCAUCCCAUCGUUUUUCUAUUCAACGGAGCCGAGGAGAACCCCCUGCAGGCCUCGCAUGCCUUCAUCACCCAACACAAGUGGGCCAAGAACUGCAAAGCUCUUAUCAACCUGGAUUCGGCUGGCAGCGGGGGUAGGGAGAUAUUGUUCCAAUCUGGACCCAAUCAUCCUUGGCUGAUGAAUUACUACCGGAAUGUGCCUCAUCCCUUUGCCAAUACCUUGGCCGAGGAACUCUUCCAAGCUGGCUACAUCCCCUCCGAUACGGAUUUCCGAAUCUUCCGGGAUUAUGGUGGAGUUCCCGGCCUGGACAUGGCCUACAUCUUCAAUGGCUAUGUGUAUCACACAAAAUAUGAUAGGAUCAAUGCCUUUCCGCGUGCCUCCUUCCAGCACACAGGCGACAAUGUCCUAUCCUUGGCAAGGGCUCUGGCCAAUGCUCCGGAGGUGGAUGACACAGCCGCUCACUCCGAGGGACACAAUGUAUUCUAUGACUUCCUGGGCUGGUUCAUGAUAUUCUAUACGCAGACCACGAGCAUUAUUGUGAACGUGGUGGUGGCCCUGAUAGCUCUCGUAGGUAUCGGCAUUUCGGUUUACUUUAUGUGCCUGCGAUCGGGAUGCAGCUGGAAGGGAGUCCUGCUCCGCUUUUCCAUAACCAUAGCCAUACAGUUUACGUCCUUGAUCCUGGCCAUGGGCCUGGCACUCUUGGUCGCUGUCUUCAUGGAUGGUGUGAAUCGUUCGAUGUCCUGGUUCACCUCUUCGUGGACCAUCUUUGGCCUGUAUGUGGCACCGAUAAUAUUUGGAAUGAGCAUUCUGCCGGCCCUGUAUCUGGAGAAGACGAAGAGGGAUCCCCUGGGCCUGGGCUUUCGCAUUCAGUUGUUUAUGCACUCGCAUUGUGUUUGCCUGAUCCUGAUAAUGCUUAUCCUGACUGGAAUGAGUAUUCGAUCGGCUUAUUUGAUAAUGCUUUGUGUGCUGUUCGAUAUUGUGGCUUUGAUUGUGAACCUGGUGACCAAGUGGCAUCGCAAGGCUUAUUUGUUUGCCAUUGCUGUGACCGUGUGCCAAAUUUUGCCCUUUGUCUACUUCACAUAUCUGUGCACAACGGCCUUGGCCACCCUAAUGCCAAUGCAGGGACGUUCGGGAUCUUCAAUGAAUCCGGAUUUGGUCAUUGCAGUACUUGUCUGGAUGUUCUCGCUUAUGUUUGCUGGCUUUAUUGUUCCACUUAUCAUGUUUUUCCGCAAGACCAGAACAAUAGUCCUUUGCUUCCUGGGCAUAACCCUUCUCUUCAUCAUUAUUGCUGUUACAAAUGCGGGUUUCCCUUACAAGGAGAAGACCUCGCCACAGCGCUAUUCAUUGAUUCAUGCCCAUCGUCGGCUGCAUAAUGCCGAUGGAAGCACUCGUAUUGAUGAGUCCGGCCUUUACGUUUAUCCCCAGGACAGACGUUUUGAAAUAGCAAGAGAUGAAAUCAAUGCCAUAGGACUGGCUCAUCCGGUGAGCGACUUUUGCGAUGAGGAAAUGUUCUGCGGGAUGCCGCUCUACAACCAUCGCUGGAACAAGGCCCGGAAGUACAGCCUGUGGAUUGAGACAUCAGAGCCGCCAGAGAUACCCACCGAUUAUCCCACCUUGGUCCUGCAGGACGUCAGUGAAUUAGAGAGUGCCACACAGCGGCGCUUUAACUUUACUUUGACAGGACCCUCGCACAUGGGAAUCUUCAUUAAUGUGAAGAACGAUGCCAGGAUAUUGGAUUGGUCCUUCAAUGACACUCUAGUGCGAGAGCAUGCGGAACCGCCGUUUAUGGUAUACUUCUCCUACGGACUGGACGACAGUCCUCUGGAGUUCACCAUCGAUGUGGAGAAGACGACCUCAACGUUCGAUACAUCCACUUUGGAGAUUGGUAUCGGUGGUCACUGGGUGACCCAGGACAUAACUGCCAUCGAGAAGCUAAGCACCUACAUUGGACGAUUCCCCUCAUACGCCUACAUCCAGGGUUGGGUGGGCACCUACGAGACCUGGUAUUUCUAGGACUCCGCCGCAAAUGAUAUUGAUUCUGAUUUACUAAUUGUAGUCAUUAGGCGUUAACGAUUAACUGUAUAGAAUCUGAAAGAAAUUACGUAUUUUAAUAAACUACA